UUGUUUGUUUGUUCGUGUUUUACUUUUGUAUUUGUUUGUUUUGCUAUUGUUGUUGUUUUUUUCACCGUGGACGGCAAUGUAAUUGGCAAACUGAUGUCAGGGUCGCUCUGCUUCCGACACCGGUGUUGUCACAGCUAUAAUUGGGCCUUAAAGGCGAAACAGCUGGUAUGGUGUUCGCAUGUCAACCCAGUGGUCUGGAGUUCGAUUCCUGCAGCGUGGAGUCGGAUUUAUUUUCUUAUGUGUUCUACACUCUACGAUCUUACGACUGCUAUGUCUUCUGAGAAAGACGGACACGAACCUGUGGAGCUGUCGUUGUUAGAUGAAAAAAGGGGACACACCAAGGCAUCAGACGACAACAAGACAAACAUGGGAGGAAGCUGCAGCUCCAAUCGUAUAUGGAUGGUGAUAGCUGUUGUCUUUGUCGCCAUUUCCAUCGGAUUGUCGGCGUACAUUGUCUACGAUAACGUUUCUUGUUCUGGCGGACGUCCUCAGAGAAAGCGCCGCGAUGCUUACGAGAGUGGACUGCUGGAGAUGGUCAGUGCAUACCAAACAGUCCACGCAUUAGAGCGGCGAGCAGCCUCGGGUACUCUAAUCUACCACGGCUGCUGCAUUUCGAAGCACAUGUUCGACGAUCCUUCUGAACUGCUGAACGCACACUUCGAGGAGCGAACGAUCGCGCAGUUUCAGGGUCAAAGGCAGUACUUCUUAUACCAGCAGUGUCG